AUGAACCCAAAGGGAGAAGUUUAUGAUCAUAGGGGAUUAUACCAGCCCUCUGGAUCUGUGGAAGGUAACGAAGAUGUCCACAAUUGUGAGAGACUUCCUAUGCAUAGCGGUAUGCUACCAAUGUCGUUCGUAGGCACUUCACCCGAACAUGCAUCGACGAUAAACACAGACACGUGUUCAAGAGAGUCCCGCUCCACACGGCGCCAAUCAUAUCUUCAACUUAACUGCAACUUCUCUGAGGAAGAUGGAAUUGCAUGCCAAAUACGGACGCAAAGUUUUGGGGUUCGACGUGCCGCAGAUUCAUUUGCGUUCCUUAAUGCUGAUUUAUCUGUUGCAGGUAUUAAUAACACUCUUCCUUCUUGGCUUUCGGACUCCAUAUUCCAACCCCUAUCUUCGGUUAAUGGAAUGGCUCAUAGUAAAGAUAAUCAUCAGACUCCUGUACGCAUAUAUAGUGCCGUGCCACCAAAGGAGGGGAUGUUGUCUCAGGAAAAUUCUCUGCCCUCUGCUCAGAAUGUAAACUCAAAAGUAGAAAUUCGUAACGUUUCAGGAGCUUUACACGAAACCGCCCCCACAGUAGAGAUGCCACAAUUUUCUCAAACAAAAUCGAUCAUUGCCAUGGAGAAUGAAGAAACAGCGGCUUCACUCAAAACUGGACGUGGACCUGUGGUGUGUUUACAAGAUGUUCUCAACGAUGAUGUUGUCUCUGUGGAUUCGUAUUCAGAGAUGACACCGACACCAUCAGGUUGUACAGCGGUGUUUUCACCAACCAUGUUAUCACAUGAAACAAUGGAACAACGGAAAAAGCAGAAGCCAUGUCAACAACAACAACAACAACAACAGAGAAGACGUGGGGUCUUUGGAUUAUUCGGUACAAUAGGACGUGGUUAUUUUAAAUAUUUUGCAGCUCUGUUCAAACGACAUCAACUUCUUGAGCCGUUUCUUAGACGUGUCUUACAGUCAUGUGAGGACAUUUAUCCAAGGGAAAUUGAUAUUAUGGAGUUUUUAUCUAAUGCGGAUGUAUCACCAAAUGAUAUCUUUUUUAUGAAUCCACUUAUUGCAUGGCCUCUACAGGUUUUGUAUACGAUCUCUUGUUUUUACGUUACAGCGAAGUUGUAUGGGUAUCAAGAAAUCUUUAAGCUUUUUAAACCACGAGGUGGAUUGUUCGCCAGUGGCAAAUAUAUUUUUGCCGCCCUAGCAGUUGCAAUGUCACCUACAGAGGAAGAGUUGAUGUAUCACACAUCUAGGAUGUUUCGGGCUGCUUUUUUAGUCGGUUUUAUAAACAAUGAAAAUAAAGAACAUUUUGAGAAUCAGCUUCAUGGAUGUAGACAACGUAGCUUUAUGUUGCUUGUAGUUAAUAUUUCAAUAACAUCAUUGCAAUUACUUAUUAAUAAGGUUAAUAAGGUGCAACUAGGACCUUGUAGUAGUGAGUCUUGGUCUGAGGAUAAUAGUUCACGUAUCAUUCCUAUGUCAAGGAUAAACAUAGCACGUAUUAUUAGUACUCGUUCAGCAGUGGUUUGUGGUCAUCCCACUGACUUGGAGCGAUUGAAUAUUCUUCUUAUUAACUAUGCCACUAGUACGGGUGUAAAAGUACAUAGAGAAUACCUUCCUACAACAACACCUGAAAAUAGUUCUUUUUAUAAUCAGCCUCAAUACCUUAGAUUACUGCAACUCUGGAGUGAUAAUGGUAUGGAGUUUGACUCUUCUAUGCUUCAACUUACUGUAUACUCUCCUGUAGACGGAGAGGCAUGGAACAGAGAAUCUAAAUGUGUGCUUACAGAUAAGAUAGCCUUAGCUGUAACAUCUUUAACACAGGAUUUGACCUAUUCACUUCAACAUGUACGCGAGGAUGAUGUAUUACUUAACUUUUCUCUUGAUACUCCUUCGCUUGGACAACUUAUUUGCUGGUCAAGACAUGAAAUUACUAUUCUUGUAGAACCUGCAGACCAAAUAUGCGUAAACGUUUUCCCAUCACCUCGUAGAAGUGCCUUAGAUGGGAUAAUUCAUGCUACACUUGCAAAGUGCGCUAAGAUUAAUAUCAUAUUGCAAAGUAUGCAAUGGGAAGGGAAACCCCAUCAGGCCUGCGUACAAGAUCUUUCAACUAGUUUUAUUGAUCUUGCUUUGUUAGUAGAUGCGGGGGAAGUUAGAAAAACUUCUUCUAACCUUCAUUCAAAUUACCUUUCACCAACAUGUGGUUUUGUGAAUACAAAGGGAGAGUUAUCUAAUUUGGUCGUAAAGAGCGGUUUAGUGAAUGAGACAUUUAUGGGUACUCAAUUAAAUCACAAAGAUAAAGUGAUAAAAGCCUCACAAGGCGAAGGUUCAUUUUAUAAUUUAGAAAGUGAUCCAUUUUCUUCUCCCCCUGAAAAUGGAUUUAACUGCAUUCUUUUACCGAACGAAAAUUUUCCAACUGCGUUAAAUGCGUAUGAAUUAUUACCAGCGGUAAAAUAUUACGAAAUGCAGUUUAAUUCUUUCUUGACUCGGGGUGCGGUGGAAUUUGCCCGGAGAUUAGCACAAUGCACAGGAAUUGAGUUUCCACCCCAUACAUUGUUGAUGUGCCCCACAGUGUUGGCUCUCAUGGAGCUAUGGGACGCAUAUGAUUUUCUAAGAAAACAAACUGAUUAA